GGUCAGUGAUAGAGAGAGAGAGAGAGAGAGAGAGAGAGAGAGAGAGAGAGAGAGAGAGAGAGAGAGAGAGAGAGAGAGAGAGAGAGAGAGAGAGAGAGAUAUUUUAGUGCCACAUACUCAGUGCCUUAGAUUCUCUUAUUAGCGGACAGAGAGGAUUGCUGCAGCGGAGAAAGCAUUUUCGAUUCAGCAGCACCUUGUUGAUAUAAUAAAUAUAAAUAUAAAGUAUGAUAUAUAAUAUAAGAUAAUAUAAGAAUGUGCACGUUUGACUUAUUUGCGAGGGUUUGUUUUUGCAGAUGUGAACACAGACGCGGAUGUGCCGGGGUGUCCGUAUUUUGUGGCUGUAGCUGCAGGUCAUGUACGCGUAUAUCUCCGCAGUAGGUAUAUUACACGUAUUUACCGGUAGGUGUUUUUGUAUGUAAAGGGUCAGUUGCAAGAUACAGCAAAGCGGCUUUGUGGAUAUCGUUUUAACAACAGGCAUCUGCGUGUGGUGCCGCCCACAACGCGAAUUCGGGUCAGUUCGCCAAAGACACCCCCACUUAACGUGUUCAAUUCACGCAGGGCCGCCACGAUGCACAGAUAGCAUUCGCGUGUGUUUAAAGGAAUUGAAUAAACGAAUCUGGACGCACAAUGAUAACGAGAACCUGCACCCCAGAGGAAAACAAAACACAGUAAAUGUUUGGAGCGCAGAAACGAUUGGGAAGCGGAUAUGGAUUCUGCAUGGUUGACUGUAUCACGCGUCCUCAGUAGAGUUUCUCGUUAGUUUCACUUAUUCAGGAUUUGAAGAAUAUUGUAUAUAUUUUUAUUAUUAUUAUUAGAAACUCUGAUUUGUUUUGUGGUGUUUUUUCUUCCGUUUUAUUUUGGACUCGAGUGUACGUUUUGUUUUGUUCUGUUUUUGUGUGUUUGCACUCCGUUUGCUUGGAGUUCUGCUUCCCUCACCCCGGCCCGGAUUUUUUUUGGCAAAUGUGCUGUAUGUCGCAGAAUUAACGGGGUUACUUUGGGAUAGUGCCAAGUUCACGACUGGACUUGGAGACAACCGACAACGAAUCAAGCGGCCCCGGCCGGCACCAUGGACGACUCCGGUAUCAUUCGUCGGAGAAGGCUUCAGAAGGACCUGCCCUUGCCGAGGAAAAGCAGCAGUUGUCGAACCAGCAAUCGUAAGAGCCUCAUUCUGACAAGCACCUCCCCCACGCUGCCCCGCCCACACUCCCCUCUGCCAGGGCAUAUCGGAAGCAGCCCGUUGGACAGCCCCCGAAACUUCUCUCCCAGCACCCCAGCCCACUUCUCCUUUGCCUCCUCGAGAAGGGCGGAUGGGCGACGCUGGUCUCUGGCUUCUUUACCUUCAUCGGGUUAUGGAACCAACACCCCCAGCUCCACUGUAUCGUCCUCUUCCUCGUCCCAGGAGCGUCUCCACCAGCUUCCCUUCCAGCCCACGAUGGACGAGCUGCACUUCCUGUCGAAGCACUUUGGCAGCACGGAGAGCAUCACCGAUGACGACGGGGGUCGAAGGUCGCCAGCCAUGCGCCCUCGCUCUCGCAGCCUCAGCCCAGGGCGAUCUCCCUCCUGCUAUGACAAUGAGAUAGUGAUGAUGAACCAUGUGUACAAGGAGAGGUUCCCAAAGGCGACGGCUCAGAUGGAGGAGCGGCUUGCAGAGUUCAUCGCGCUCUUCUCCCCGGAGAGCGUCCUCCCCCUGGCCGAUGGGGUCCUCAGCUUCAUCCACCACCAGAUCGCAGAGCUGGCCAGGGACUGCCUGGACAAAUCGCACGAGGGCCUCAUCACCACGGUAUACUUCUUCGAGCUGCAGGAGAACCUGGAGAAAAUGCUGCAGGAUGCCUAUGAGCGCUCGGAGAGCUCGGAGGUCACCUUCGUCACCCAGCUGGUUAAGAAGCUCUUCAUCAUCAUCUCCAGGCCAGCACGUCUCCUCGAGUGCCUGGAGUUUAACCCGGAGGAGUUUUAUCACCUGUUGGAAGCAGCGGAGGACCACGCCAAAGAGGGACACCUGAUGAAGACGGACAUCCCACGAUACAUCGUCAGCCAGCUGGGACUGACUCGGGACCCUCUGGAGGAAAUGGUGAAUCUUGAGAGCUACGACAGUGAGGGUCCCAACACCCCCGAGACAGACGACACCGUUGAGGGACAAGUAAAGACGAUGAAACCGCCCAGCGAAGGCGACUUUCAGACUAUUAAACUCAUCAGCAACGGAGCGUAUGGUGCUGUUUAUCUGGUCCGACACAACGACACCCGGCAGCGCUUUGCCAUGAAGAAGAUCAACAAGCAGAACCUGAUCUUGAGGAACCAGGUCCAGCAGGCCUUCGUGGAGCGAGACAUCCUGACCUUCGCGGAGAACCCCUUCGUGGUCAGCAUGUUCUGCUCCUUCGAGACGCGGCGCCACCUCUGCAUGGUCAUGGAGUACGUGGAAGGAGGGGACUGCGCCACUCUGCUCAAGAGCAUUGGUGCCCUGCCGGUGGAGAUGUCCAGCCUCUACUUCGCUGAGACGGUGCUGGCUCUGGAGUACCUGCACAAUUAUGGGAUUGUCCAUCGAGACCUCAAACCGGACAAUCUUUUGAUCACGUCAAUGGGGCACAUCAAGCUGACCGACUUCGGGCUGUCCAAGAUGGGUCUGAUGAGCCUGACCACCAAUCUGUACGAGGGGCACAUCGAGAAGGAUGCCAGGGAGUUUCUGGAUAAGCAGGUGUGCGGGACCCCAGAGUACAUCGCCCCGGAGGUGAUACUGAGACAGGGCUAUGGGAAGCCAGUGGACUGGUGGGCGAUGGGCAUCAUCCUGUACGAAUUCCUGGUGGGCUGUGUGCCCUUCUUUGGUGACACCCCCGAGGAGCUGUUUGGACAGGUCAUCAGUGAUGAGAUCGCCUGGCCGGAGGCUGACGAAGCUCUCCCUCUCGACGCCCAGAACCUCAUCUCCGCUCUGCUCCAGCCCAACCCGCUGCUCCGAGUGGGGACCGGCGGCGCUCACGAGGUGAAGCAGCAUCCCUUCUUCAAGGACCUGGAUUGGAACAGCCUGCUGAGACAGAAAGCUGAGUUCAUUCCUCACCUGGAGUCUGAGGAAGACACCAGCUACUUCGACACGCGAUCGGACCGGUAUCAACACAUCAAUUCAUACGAUGAAGACGACACUAAUGACGAUGAGCCAGUGGAGAUCAGACAGUUCUCUUCCUGUUCCCCCAGAUUCAGCAAGGUGUACAGCAGUAUGGAACAGCUCUCCCAGCUUGAACACAAGCCCCCCACAGUCACCAAGCGGGACCCCAAGAAGCACAGAGACGACAAGGUGACCAAGCGAGAGAGCCUGGGCAGCUUCGGGGUGCGAGAGAAGCAGUGGAGGACCAGCUCUCCGGAGAUGAAGCGGCUGUCUGCCUCAGAGUCUUCAUUCACAGAGAGCGACUCCAGCCCACCCCUGGCCGUCCGCCGUCGCUUCUCCGCCCUCAUGGACACGCACCGCUUCGCCUCCCCACUAGAGGGAGACCCUGAGCCGCGGCUCAAACAGACCCAGAGCAAACCCGCCCCAGAGGGAGGGGCUUCCGCCGCCGGCAGCCAAUCGGAGCAGAGACCGCCCACGGAAGGCAACGGGGCCGCUGCAGUGGUCCCUGGGGACAAGUCCCCGCGGAGUGGAGAGACUCCCUCAGCUCAGAAGGAGGGCCCCAGCCCCUCUGAGCCCUCGGCGGCUCGCGCCACCAAUGACCUGGUCCUGCGAAGAGCCAGACACCAGCAGCUCUGCGGAGACUCGGCUGAGAAACGGACCUCGAGGUCGGGCACCAAGGUCAUCAAGUCGGCCUCCACCACCGCGCUCUCCGUCAUCAUCCCCGCAGUGGAGCAGCACGGUGGGUCCCCUCUGGCCAGCCCCAUGUCCCCUCGCUCGCUCUCCUCCAACCCCUCGUCCCGCGACUCCUCCCCCAGUCGGGACUACUCCCCGGCCGUCAGCAGCCUGCGCUCCCCCAUCACCAUCCACCGCUCUGGGAAGAAAUACGGCUUCACCCUGAGAGCCAUCCGCGUCUACAUGGGAGACAGCGACGUGUACAGCGUGCACCACAUCGUCUGGCACGUAGAGGAGGGAGGCCCCGCCCAGGAGGCGGGACUCUGUGCCGGUGACCUCAUCACGCACGUCAACGGAGAGCCCGUCCACGGAUUGGUUCACACAGAGGUCGUGGAGCUUAUUCUAAAGAGUGGGACUAAGGUGACAGUGACAACCACUCCCUUUGAGAAUACCUCCAUCAAGAUCGGGCCGGCCCGCAAAUCCAGCUACAAAUCCAAGAUGGCCCGGCGCCACAAGAAGACGGUGGCCAAAGAGGGACAAGAGAGCACAAAGAAACGCAGCUCUUUGUUCCGGAAGAUCACCAAGCAGUCGAACCUUCUUCACACGAGCCGCAGCCUGUCCUCCCUGAACCGCUCCCUGUCCUCCAGCGACAGUCUGCCGGGCUCCCCGACUCACAGCCUGUCUGCCAGGUCCCCAACACAGAGCUUCCGCGCCAGCCCCGACGCGGCGUACCUCGGUGCCUCUUCCCAAAGCAGCUCUCCCGCCUCCAGCACCCCAAACUCUCCCGCUGCCUCCCACCACAUGCGUCCCAGUAGCCUGCACGGGCUGUCCCCCAAACUGCACCGGCAGUACCGCUCCGCCCGCUGCAAAUCCGCUGGGAACAUCCCCCUGUCCCCGCUCGCCCACACCCCGUCCCCGACCCAGUCCUCUCCCCCGCCCCCGCCGCUCCCGGGACACACCGUCGGAAGCUCCAACACCACCCAGACCUUCCCUGCCAAGCUGCACUCCUCCCCGCCGGUGGUGAGGCCGAGGCCCAAGAGCGCCGAGCCCCCCCGCUCCCCCCUGCUGAAGCGGGUGCAGUCUGCGGAGAAGCUGGGCGGCCCGCUGCUCUCCGAGAAUAAGAAAGUGGUGCUGCGCAAACACAGCCUGGAGGUGUCCCACUCAGAGUACCGCAAGGAGUCUUUCCACAGCGAGCUGGGGCUGCAGAGCUUGCUGGAAUCGGAGGGGGAGAACGUCGGCCCCUCGUCGUCCUCCUCCUGCGAGAUCGGGACUUUCAAGCAAGUGGCGGUGCGAAAGAUCGGCCGGCAGGAGUCUCCGCUCAGCAGGGAUGCUCUGAUGGUAGGAAGAACCUCGGAAAAGACUUCGGAAAAGGCUUUGGAAAAGACUUCGGAAAAGACUUCAGAAAAGGAUUUGGAAAAGACUUCGGAAAAAACUUCAAAAAAGGAUUUGGAAAAGACUUUGGAAAAGGAUUCGGAAAAGACUUUGGAAAAGGAUUUGGAAAAGGUUUCGGAAAAGACUUCGGAAAAGGAUUUGGAAAAGGCUUCGGAAAAGACUUUGGAAAAGGAUUUGGAAAAGGAUUCGGAAAAGACUUCGGAAAAGGAUUUGGAAAAGGCUUUGGAAAAGACUUCGGAAAAGGCUUUGGAAAAGGCUUUGGAAAAGACUUCGGAAAAGGCUUUGGAAAAGACUUCAGAAAAGGCUUCGGAAAUAUCAGAUGGAAGGAUGGGGCAGGAGAGAAGCAGGGAAGCAAGGUCCAGCACUCCCACGGUUCCCGGCUUAAUUCCUUCCAAAGAAGACGCUAGGCCACCCUCGACAUCCAAGGAAGCUAAGCCGGGAGAUCCAAAGAAAUCACCCAGCAGGGAGCUUCCAAAGCUGGAAGGAAUGAUGGCUGGCCACCCAUCGGAAAGUGGAAGUCCUGGGUCAAGCAAGACUGGAGGGGAUGUUCAAAGAUCUGGGCAGAAAAGCACCCCGUCCAGUACCCCGGUUCUCGGGACAUCCAAGUUAGAGACCGCUAGCAAAGGCUGCGGACCCAAGACCCCGGAGAAAGUGGAGGAGAGCAGGAAGUCCGAUCCCACGGACAGGAAGCACCAAGAGGUGCAGACUGAUGCCCCCACCUUUAUUGGCGCCAGGAGUCAGGACAAAAGCGUCCGGCCGGAGGCAAAGAAAGAGAGUCCAGAGUAUCCCAAAGGACUACCUCAGACUGGCGCAACAGUUCAAGGCAAGACUGGACCGGUACCAGUGGUGAUAGAACCGGUGCUGAGAAAAGAGGGGCAGAAGAGCGAGCCCGCUGCUUGCAAGACAAGUUUGGAUCCGAAGACAUGCCCGGUUGUGAUGAGUCAAAGCCAGCCGAAAAGACCGGACUCUGUGGUCAAGGAUGCAGCGAUGGCAAACUGUUUGAGAGCUCCGGAGAAAAAGGAGAAAUGGUUCCUGGAAGUGGUGGAAGAACAUACCACUACCAUCGCUCCUCAGAGCAAACCGCGGCCUGUUUCUCCAGGGGAGAAAUCCAGUUUCGUCACCCAGCUGGCGACCGUGGCCAAGAACGUCCUGUCGCCAAUUAAAAUGAGCUCCCCCGGGCCGGAAGGACUCAAGGGAAAAGACAGCACCAGAUCUGCAGAGGAGAAACGGGGGAGCUUUCCAGGAAAGGCUGAGGCUGCGUCCGGGAGCAGGCCGGUUACCUUAGCGACGGGCCUAGUGGGUGCGGCGCAGCCUGACAAAACCGAAAGCUCCCCUAAAUAUCAUUAGCAUUUCUCACUUUAGCAAGGGAAGGACUUACAAAUCAAAUGCCUUUUGAAGUUAGAAAACGAUGCAAAGUGUGUGGCGUAUAAGAGAUGGGAGAGAGAGAAAGUAUCAUUUAAAAGAGAUUAAAAAAACAAAACAUGGUUGUAAAGGUGCUUCUGUGGCUAUUUUCAAUCAUAUGUGUGUGUAUAUGUAUAUAUAUACACACACAAGCCAGCGCUUCACGAUAUGCAUAUAAAUGAUAACUGUCUCCAUCCGAAUGCAUGAUCCGUAUGAGAAAAAUAAGUGCUUUACACACCAACAAUGCUAAAUACUGUGAACAGCCUAAUCUGAAGUGACACUGGUUUCCAAUGUGAAACGGUGUGGACCUUUUCGAUUUUUCUUUGAAUAAAGUCUUGAAAGAGGCAGGACAUUAUAACUUUUUUUUUUUAAUCUAAGUUUUUUAUGCAAACACGAAGAAGGUCUCGUUGCCUGUCCCAGUUUGUUAAGGUCCCCUCCUCGAAGGCUGCUUUAGCUAUCAGCUCCAGCAGCAGUGUAGAUGACUUUGUAGAUCUUCAAGCCAUGUUACAGAUCAGCACACAGCUGACCUGGCUGCACCAAUAGGAUUACAGCUGUGGACAAAUGUUUUGCAUCACCUAGAAUUUUAGGAUUG